AUGGGAUGCGACCUCUGGCCGUUCCGGAGGGUGAUGAGAGCGGCGUGGUACGUGCUCCUGGUGGUCGUGGUGGUGGGAUUCCCCGCCCUGGUGUGGAGCUUUCACGCCGAGCACUACUCGGAGAAGAUGAGAGCCUGGUUCUCCGCGGGCGUGUUCGUGCUGCUCACCCUGCCCGUCACCUUUUACGAGGUGGCGAUGCAUCUUGAGUACUACACGCGCCCUGACCUCCAAAAGCAUGUAAUCCGAAUCCACUGGAUGGUGCCGUUCUAUUCACUCAACAGCUGGCUGGCCCUGAGGUUCAUUAGGGCCAGGCUCUUCAUAGACCCCUUCCGAGAGUGCUACGAGGCAUAUGUCAUCUACAGCUUUUACUCCUACUUGUGUGUCUUCCUGGACACAGAAUUGGGCAGCCUUGAGGAUUUUUUGGCGAUGCAGCCCACAGUAGGCCACAUGUGGGGCUUCCAAUACAUUUUCAGGGACUGGAGGAUGGGCACCGAAUUUUUGUGGGAGUGCAAAAAGGGUGUGUUGGGAUACGUGAUCCUGCGGCCAUUGACAGCCUUGGCGGCCAUGGGUGCAAAAGCUGUAGGUAUCUACCAUGACGGGGAGGUGACGUUGGCGGGAGUAUGGUUCUACACAGGACUCAUCAACAGCAUUUCUCAGUGUUGGGCGAUCUACUGCUUGAUAAUGUUCUACCGAGCCACGAAGCACGAGCUGAAGCCAAUCCACCCCGUCGCAAAAUUCCUGCUCAUCAAGUCCAUCGUGUUCUUGACAUACUGGCAAUCACUGAUGCUGGCCUUUGCUGUUGAGGCGGGGUGGAUCAACACCAGCUUUACGAUGUACAAUGCUGAGGAUGUGGCUGCCGGGGUGCAGGAGCUGCUCAUCUGCAUCGAGAUGUUCCUGGCUGCACUGGUGUUUGCUUAUGUGUUUCCCCCAAAGGACUACAUGGACCCUUCUGCACCAUCGGCUGGCUUCUUCAAUAAUCUCAAAAGCAUGUUCGACAUGCGAGAUGUCAUGAGGGACGUCACAGACGUCGUCGAUGCUGACGUGUCCAUGACGAAGGAGAGGGUUGCCAAUCUGACCAGCAGGGUGGUGCACACCUCCGGUUUGUUCUUAAAGGGCCCACGGGACUUCUUCAAAUGGAGGCGGUGGAGGAAGGGCCACAGGAGACACCGGCGUUCGGGGGAAGACCACUUGGACAGCGAGGCCCCCCUGCUGCGGCUGUACGAAUCCAUCGACUGGUCCCUCACGCUCCCCACGGGCCUGGAGCAGGCCAUCCGCCGCGAGGAGCAAGGGGAACUGGACAGCUACGCGCCGUCCGGGGGCGUCGUUGAUGGACGGCCGGCGGGAGAGUUGGUGUCUGUCAGCGAGCCGAUUUCCGAAAGGGGUGGGGGACAGACGCUGGGCCGUUUGUGA